UGUCAUUUGUGAUCCUAUGUAUUUUCUGACCAGGUCUUGCUGGUGUGUAGGAAGCUAUGGGUCUGGGCGCGUGAUCGUUGGCUGUGGAAGAUUGCAGGGUUCUGCUCUGCGUUCACACGUGGCUCAGAGAGGCCCCUCCUGAAGAUGCUUCCCCGGUGGAGGGCACGGGACUCACUCCAGCAAGAAAGCCCGUAGCCCCACAGGCUCCUCUGACUUCCAUCUUCCUCGGAAAUCUCAGGCGGUCCAGCCAUGGCAGCGGCCAGGCUCCUGCCGCCGCCAGCAGCACCCCAGCCCCUGUCAUUCCAGGCCAAGGUGACCUUUGAGGAUGUGGCCGUGCUCCUCUCCCAGGAGGAAUGGGACCGCCUGGGCCCUGCUCAGCGGGGCCUCUACCGACACGUGAUGAUGGAGACCUACGGGAACGUGGUAUCGCUAGGACUUCCAGGAUCAAAGCCCAAUGUGAUCUCUCAGCUGGAGCGAGGCGAAGAGCCAUGGGUCCUGGACGGGCAAGGGGCUGAGGAGACUCGGGGCCUGGGGAGUGGCCGGUCAGACAGCUACAGGCAUGACCACGCGACAGCUCGUAUGCGACAAGACCGUUCGCCCUGUCCAUGGGAGCAUGAGAACAAGGGAGAGAACCCGAAGAGGGAUUGGAGUCUGAAGCCGUUUCUUUCAGAGGAAGGAUCCUCGGUUCUGGGGGGAGCACCCUCAGGCCAGCCUGAUCACAGACCUUACAGAGCCGAGCAGAGCUGCCCUGUGAGCCCAAGCCCCGGCGGCCCGCCUGGAGCGCAGGUCCCCAAGCGGAGUGUGCCUGCCCCCCCGCAGCAGGGUGUCCCCGGCGGGGAGAGGCCCUACAAGUGCACCGAGUGCGGGAAAUGCUUCGGCCGCAGCUCCCAUCUGCUGCAGCACCAGCGAACCCACACCGGGGAGAAGCCCUACGUGUGCGGCGUGUGCGGCAAGGCCUUCAGCCAGAGCUCGGUCCUCAGCAAGCACCGGAGAAUCCACACGGGCGAGAAGCCCUACGAGUGCAACGAGUGCGGGAAGGCCUUCCGCGUGAGCUCGGACCUGGCGCAACACCACAAGAUCCACACGGGCGAGAAGCCGCACGAGUGUCUGGAGUGCAGGAAGGCGUUCACGCAGCUCUCGCACCUCAUCCAGCACCAGCGCAUCCACACGGGAGAGCGGCCGUACGUGUGCCCGCUGUGCGGCAAGGCCUUCAACCACAGCACGGUGCUGCGCAGCCACCAGCGCGUGCACACGGGCGAGAAGCCGCACGAGUGCGCGCAGUGCGGCCGCGCCUUCAGCGUCAAGCGCACGCUCCUGCAGCACCAGCGCGUGCACACGGGCGAGAAGCCCUACACGUGCAGCGAGUGCGGCCGCGCCUUCAGCGACCGCUCGGUGCUCAUCCAGCACCACAACGUGCACACGGGCGAGAAGCCGUACGAGUGCGGCGAGUGCGGCAAGGCCUUCAGCCACCGCUCGACGCUCAUGAACCACGAGCGCAUCCACACGGAGGAGAAGCCGUACGGCUGCUACGCGUGCGGCAAGGCCUUCGUGCAGCACUCGCACCUGACGCAGCACCAGCGCGUGCACACGGGCGAGAAGCCGUACGUGUGCGGCGAGUGCGGGCACGCGUUCAGCGCGCGGCGCUCGCUGGUGCAGCACGAGCGCAUCCACACGGGCGAGCGGCCGUUCCGCUGCGCGCAGUGCGGCAAGGCCUUCAGCCUCAAGGCCACGCUGAUCGUGCACCUGCGGACGCACACGGGCGAGCGGCCCUACGAGUGCAGCCGCUGCGGCAAGGCCUUCAGCCAGUACUCGGUGCUCAUCCAGCACCAGCGCAUCCACACGGGCGAGCGGCCCUACGAGUGCGCCGAGUGCGGCCGCGCCUUCAACCAGCACGGCCACCUGAUCCAGCACCAGAAGGUGCACGCGAAGCUCUGAGCCCCCGGGCCCCCGCGCGGGACGGGCUGCCGGCGGCUCCACCCCGGGGAGCCCCGAGGAGCGGCCCGGGGCGCGGCGGGCGGAGGGGCCGAAGGGAGCCUGUCGC